GGGUAACCUUGGAAAUGUUUUGAAGAGCCAGAGCAAGAUUUCUGAAGCUGAAAGCGCCUAUAGAAAUGCCUUGUAUUACCGCAGCAACAUGGCUGAUAUGCUUUAUAAUCUGGGAUUACUAUUGCAGGAGAACAACAGGUUUUCAGAAGCACUGCAUUACUAUAAAUUGGCUAUUGGAAGCAGACCUACUUUAGCCUCUGCCUAUUUAAAUACUGGCAUAAUUUUAAUGAAUCAAGGCAAGGCUGAGGAAGCCAAGAAGACAUUUUUGAAGUGUUCAGAGAUUCCUGAUGAAAACUUAAAGGAUCCUCAUGCUCAUAAGAGCUCUGUUACCAGCUGCCUUUAUAAUUUGGGGAAACUUUACCAUGAACAGGGACAGUAUGAGGAUGCCCUUCUAGUUUACAAAGAGGCAAUACAGAAAAUGCCAAGACAGUUUGCACCACAGAGUUUAUAUAAUAUGAUGGGAGAAGCCUACAUGAGACUUAGCAGAUUCUCUGAAGCAGAACAUUGGUAUGUGGAAUCACUGCGCUCCAAAACUGAUCACAUUCCAGCUCAUCUCACAUAUGGGAAACUUCUUGCUUUAACAGGCAAACAGUGCUAUGGAAAGAGCAGUAAAGGAAUAAGAAAUAAGAAGUGAAAGAAAUUAAAUUAAAAGCAUGAGAUGAGAGAAAAAAGAGAUAAUUCCACUGGAUGAGACCAUAUAUAUUGACUUUCAUAACCCAUUAUGGUUCUUGUCAAUUGGGGGCUUUGGCAUAAUGCUUCUUAGUAAGUUAAGAAGGAAUAAAGUAGAUUACCACCCUUAAUUGUACCCAUGCUACAUGGAACAGUGUUGGUCUUUGUUUGUUUGCCACAUUUGGUUAAAUAUGCUCCAAGCCCAGCCCAAUUUAUCC